GUGAUCUAUGCGUCAGCUGUCAAGCUAUACGCACGCAUACUACAGGUCUGUCUCUAUGCAAGGUUUGUUUGGACAACGAAUGAAUCAGAAAUACCACAGAGACGGGAACACACUCAAAGUACGGUGACUGCACUAUUCCGCCUAUCAAGUUGGACGAAAACGACCCGUUGACAGGAAAGUGGUUUCAUAGGGGAUUAUUUUAGUUACGAGGAGGAGAAAAAGAGUGAACAGGUUUUCCGGUUGCAACGUUGCAGGCAUGCUAAUAAGCUAGCAUCGGAGUUCUAAAACCGGCUUCAUUAGCUUAGCUUGCUAAUUUAGCAGGCUAAAGCUUCGGGGCAUUCAGGGAAAUGCAUCGAGAGCUUGUCUGGAGGUCUUUGGUUUUGUUUAGAAAUGUAAUUGUAACACUGUCCAGUAUGACAUAUUGCGAUAGCUGUUGGCAAGUAAAAGUGAGAGCUUCGUUGGUGUGAAGUGGCAGACUGGGGGGUAGUUUGGUUGCUCAGUUAGUUAUGAGCAGUUUUAACAUUACAACCAAAACAUCCGCUUUUAGCUCCGACGGUAAGGGCUUGCCGGGCAACAACAAGGAGUGGGAUUUGGGGAGCGAUGUGUUUUCGUACUGUCAUGCGAUGAGUCCCAUGGGCGACACGAUGCAGGCGGGGAUGUCUUCAGUGCAGUCGGGACUGGACGGACACCUGCCGCUCCUGCACGCCAGGCACCACGGCUCCCAGGACCGGUUGUUGUUGGACCUGAGCUCCCCGACAGCCUUCCUCGACACCAGCUCUCUGGACUACAGCGACAACGAUGGGAGCAACGUGGGUCCGUUGUUCGAGAGGAGGAAGAGGUCGCGGUCCAACAGCUCCAGACACCGCUUCAAUGAGGUGGUCACGGAGCUCGGUCCCGAGGAGGUGCGCUGGUUUUACAAGGAGGACAAGAAAACGUGGAAGCCCUUUGUCGGGCAUGACUCGCUUAACAUUGAGUUAAGGUAUCGGAAGUACUGUGAACUGAACCCCGUUGCUGCAUGCUCCCAGGGCAGCGGUGGGGAGGAAGAGUGCGGGAAUAACGGUGUGGAGAGCAGGGGACUGAACGGUGCUGUACCGGGGGAGACGAGGACCAGCAGUGUGCACUUAGGCCGGGUGUCCCUGGACACAUCCACCGUGUCCUCUGAAGAGAGGGACCCUGUCAGCAAUGAAUUCAACGUCUGUGUCCGGGGAGGUCUCUAUGAGGUGGAUGUUAAGGAGAGGGAAUGCACUCCAGUUUAUUGGAAGCAGCAAGAUCAUAUUCCAGUCAUGAGAGGUCAGUGGUUUAUUGAUGGCACCUGGUUACCGUUGGAGGAAGAGGAAAGUGAUCUCAUGGAACACGAGCACCUGAACCAUUUCCGCGGGCAACAAAUGCAGGACACCUUCGAGACGGAUUUGGUGGUCAGGACCGUCGACAGCAAAGAUGUUCUCUCCCACCUGCCCCCUUUCUACCUCCCUUUUCUGUUCAAAUGGAGUGGAUAUCAGACGAGUGCUAAAACUACAUGUCACAAGCGCAAACGCUGCCAAGCCAUCCACAGCCUGCAGCUGAGUCGGACACAUGUGGAUUGGCACAGCGUGGAUGAGGUUUACCUCUACAGCGAUGCCACUACUUCCAAAAUUGCACGCACCGUCACCCAGAAACUGGGCUUCUCAAAAGCCUCCAGCAGCGGCACACGACUGCAUCGGGGUUGGGUUGAGGAGGCGUCACCUGAGGACAGACCCCCCCAGACUACACACAUUGUCUUUGUGGUUCAUGGGAUUGGACAGAAGAUGGACCAGGGACGCAUUAUUAAAAACACUGGGAUGCUGAGGGAGGGGGUGAGGAAGAUGGAGGAGAAGCACUUUUCAGACCAAAAUGACGAGCAUGUGGAGUUCUUGCCUGUCGAGUGGCGCUCUAAACUUGCACUGGAUGGAGAUACGGUAGACUCGAUCACACCAGACAAAGUGAGAGGACUGAGAGACCUUCUCAACAGCAGUGCCAUGGACAUCAUGUACUACAACAGCCCCCUUUACCGGGAUGAGAUUACAAAGGGCCUAACACAGGAGCUAAACAGACUGUACACUCUUUUCUGCUCCCGGAACCCUGAGUUUGAGGAGCGGGGGGGCAAAGUGUCCAUUGUGUCGCACUCCCUCGGCUGCGUCAUCACCUACGACAUCAUGACGGGGUGGGAUCCUGUGCGCUUCUGUCAGCAGGAGCAUCACGGCGUGGAGGAGGAGCUGGACCUGCGCUGGAUCUCCUGCGAGGAGAAGCAUGUUGUAGAGCAGCUACGGCUCACCAGGAACAGGUUACAAGAGCUGGAGAAUCAACUCCUCACACUGGAGGCAUCAAAACCCCCAGCCCGUCCUUCUCUCAAAUUUAAUGUGGAGAACUUCUUCUGCAUGGGCUCUCCUCUGGCGGUGUUCUUGGCUCUGAGGGGGAUCCGCCCUGGGACCAGCUGCCACCAGGACCACAUCCUGCCCACCUCCAUCUGCAGCCGGCUCUUCAACGUCUUCCAUCCCACAGACCCUGUGGCCUACAGACUGGAGCCUCUCAUCCUAAAACAUUUCAGCAACGUUUCACCUGUUCAGAUACACUGGUGCAGUGCCAUUAGUCCCACACACUAUGAUGGGAUCAGGCCAACCUACUUGAAUCCAGUGAAAGACCCGGCGUCUGACACUGAGAGCCUCCCCAGCCCGAGCACCUCACCUGUUCUCGCCCGCAGACACUACGGAGAGUCCAUCACCAACCUGGGCAAGGCCAGCAUACUGGGUGCGGCGAGCAUAGGGAAGGGCAUCGGAGGAAUCCUCUUCUCACGUUUCUCCCGCUCCAACAGCCAGCCCUCGGUGUCUCUGGGACUGGAGGGGGGGGCGAACACUGAGGAAGAGGAGCAGAAGAGAACAGAAAGCCAUUCAGCAUACGGCCUCUCCACCUUGAUCCGGCCCACCUCCCCCAUUACUGACACAUCAUUGGAGCUGGAGCGGCGCAUCGACUUUGAGCUCCGGGAGGGCCUGGUGGAGAGUCGCUAUUGGUCAGCGGUGACCUCACACACAGGUUACUGGUGCUCACAUGACAUAGCACUCUUCAUGCUGACCUUCAUAUACAAGCAGAAGAUAGCCCCCCCUGACCCAGCGGAAGAUAAUCUGGAGCCAGACUGACACACGCACACAUUAUCGGUGUCUUAUAACUCUGCAGGGGGUGUGUCACCUUCUCAACAAGGCAUACAAAUAAACCUCAUUCUUUUAUUUUUCAUGCACACAAACUGCUCGAUACACUAAUUGUUCCUCUAUCUCCGUCUGAUCCAGCUCUGUAACACAUUGGAGUCAUUGCUGACGAACAGACUCUACUCCACGAUGUGCAUUUUUGUCUCGUUUUGCGUAGUUUGUACACAUUUGCGCACCCUAAGGGUGACCAUGUUGGACUAGGAACCCCUAAGGAGGUGCACCCUUUGCCAGUAUGACCACGAGUUACAUUAAACAUGGAAUAAGAGUCUAAGGAGAUUGUUUUACUAAGAGGAAGAGAGUUCUUUCUUUUCUCACAUCUUUAACCUUAAACAGCUGCAGUCUGUUGAUAAAGUGUCCAUAUGUUUCCUGUCAAUCAAAGCUUAAGUCCCGCCUCUGUCCCGCACUCAUUCUCCAGCCUUGUCACAGACUUGCCUGACCCGGUCCCUUUGUGUUCUCCGUCUGUCCCUUUUUACCUUUUUUUUUUUUUUUACACCAAGACAAAUAUAAUUUUAAAAAAAUGUUUAGUUUAUCUUUGAAAUAAACCUUUAGCUUUCUUCAUCUCAAAAACGAAAUGCCUUUCAAAAUUAGCCAAAUAAUACUACUCGUGUAGAACAAUAUUGUUGAAUUUUUCCUAACUUAACCUUAGGACACUAUCCCUUUAAGAAUGUUUUGAAAAUAUUAAGAAAGACAUAACAAUAAUUAUAUAUUGAAAUGUUCCUUUAUCUGAUAUCUUUUUUAUGUUUUGCUUCUUUUAAAAAAAUGUUGACUUUUGAAAUAGAUGCACCAAAAAAACAGAAACAAAGCGCCACUUUUUAUAAAAUCACACAAAUAAUAAUUAUCUUGUAUGUUUUGUUUUCUGCAACAGUUGGAGUACUAGGGACAAAAUGUUACUUAACACAACAGAUACAGCUGAACUUCGUGCAGGACAUCAGUAGAUCCCAUAUGGAGGUUUACAACCAAUUGAGGCUUGUUUCAUGGCAUGAGUAUCCAUGCUCUUAAACAAUGUAUCAUUAUUUUCUUAACCUGAGUUUAUUUUUCAAAAUAUCUCAAUACAAAAGUCCAAAAACUCUCACAGCCAUUCAAACCAAUGCGUCUUUAUGAAUAAGUUAUGAAGAGAAAAGUCAGAGGUAUAUCUUUAUAUUUAAAUCCAGUGGCACUAGAUGUAUUUUUUCGUAAAAAAUAAAUAUUUUUCCUAGUCAUUUUCAGGCUCUCAUCAAAAUAGAAUUCAAACGUAUGGCCAAAUAACAUUACGUGUCUAGUGUGUUAGCCGCUUGGCGUUAGGAACUGUAAGGCAUACUCAAUGAAAACUGGCCUAGAUUAAAAAUAACUUAUAUUUUAGCUCAAGGCUUUUGUGAUGAAUUGCAAACAAAAGUUAAUUUUGCCUUUUUCUUGACCAAUCUACACAUUACUCUUCAUCAAUGGAUUUGUCAGUUUGUCCUUUUAUUUGUGUGAAAGAAGGAUUUAUUUAGCCUAAAAAUGUUUGUCAUUCACUAACUGACGAUAAAAAAUGUAAUUCAAGAAAAUAUAAAAUGUGGACGACUGGAAACUUUUGGUUUUCUAAAAACGACUUUUUCUACUUAUCGUUACUCUUGCCUUAGGUUUGUCAGAGCAGCUUUGAAAAAAAUGUCCCCAUUAAUGUUGGAUCUGUCGAAUGUGGUCCUUUGAAAAACACGCCCAAUAAUGAUCAUGCCAAAGUUCAAAAACAUACUUCCUUUGCAUGGUGUCAUGUUAUUGGAUGCUGGAAAAAGACAGUGCCAACACACAUCUAAGAAACUACAUUGCAUUCUUUAAUAAGUAGAAAACAACUCGUGAUUGUUAAUGGUCUUGUAAUUAAAUCAUUUAUAAGACAUUUUCAAUGGAUGAAGAAAUGGAAUAACACUCAGAUUGGAAUUAGUGGUAUGUGACAGACUUGAUUAUUGUCUCUCAAAUGUUUAAUUUGCUAUGGUACAAGCUGCUGAUUUACUGUUCCACACAAUCAAGGGCUGACUGGUCCACCAUUGAAUGGCAUUUUAUUUGUUGGUUUUUAAUGUCUGUUAUUUAUGCAAAGGCCUACUGACUGAAACCAGGCUGCCUCUCGUGACCAGUUCAGUAACAGAGAAGUAGAGACAAAUAAGGGAGAGCGAAAGUGUUGAAAGUGUUUCUAUAUUUAAUGAAUUGCACAGAAAUUAUGUAGAAAAACAGCCUGUCGUUGAUGUUUAUUUUUUCCUCAGCAUGUGUGACAUUGCAGCAGUGGUUGCAGAAAGCGAUGUUAACAUGUUACUCUGACAAUAGGCUUCGAUCACCUUGGAGACCUUAGACAGGUAACAAAAAAAGUCAUUUCUAUUGUUGCCUCUGUAUCUGUAGGUCAGAUUGUGGACUGGCCAUUGUAAAAAUGACGACAAUGUUCCUGUCAGUGUUUCAAAGAUGUUUGUGAACUUUGCACAUUCUAGCAAUUUCUGAAUCAAGCACAGAUUUUUAACUUUGUUCACACUACUUGAAAAAGCAUCCAAGCAUUAGGAAAAAGCUAUUUUUGAGGUACUUUGACAAUAUGAGCAUUUAAUGCAGCAUUUUGAAUGUUCACAGCAUUUUGAUUUUCUUGUUAAAGGCACCAAGCAUCAGGGAAAUGUUUUGUCGAUUCAACACUGCUGUUGACACCUGUUUGAAGCCAUUAUUAAGUACAAAAAGGAAGAGUGUUCACAGAUGUGUUGUCUUUAAAAUGUUCAGAGAUAAAGAAGAAAGGGCCUGCACCAUAUGUAAACAGUCAGUGGGAGUGAAAGAGAAAACAACACAUUGGAAUUUCUUGUAGGUAAUCUGACUGAAAUGUUUUAAAUGUGUGUCGGGUACCACUGUCACUCUAACUUUUAACGGAUGUCCUGAAAGUGUUUUUGUCUUUCCUUAGAGCUGUGCAAUAACCCAUGCCUGUAAUGGAUUCUAACUGCCAUCCAAAGCACUGUAUUUAUUUCCUUUUAUUAAAGCAUUCCUUUUUUGGAUACAAAGA